AUGCGCCAAAGUCUUGGGUCGCACAGCAACCCGAUAGCUGCGCAAGCGAAGGAAAGGACAGCACGAGGGGACCUGCAACGCAGUUUGCACGGGGUUUCUCGCGCGAACCACAAUAAGAAUGCGCGGAAAGGGGAGGACUUCAUCGCGUCCGGAAUCCGGGGACGGAUCAUGCUCCCAGUGACCGACGCCGAGCGGUCUGCUACGAUGCGGGCGCCCUCGAGGAACCCUGUCUCUGCUGUGAUGUUCCCGCGGUACAUCAGCAUCGACAAACCCAUGCGGACCCUGUGGUAG